AUGACAGGUGAUCAUCAGUACACCGGGGAACCGAUUGCCAUUGUGGGAAGUGCUUGCCGCUUUCCUGGUGAUGCAACAACACCUUCCAAGCUAUGGGACCUGCUAAAAGCACCUCGAGAUGUCCUGAGCGAGAUUCCGGAAACCCGCUUUAGCACCAAAGCGUUUUACCACCCCGAUGGGCUUCACCAUGGCACAACGAAUGUUCGGCAUUCCUAUCUAUUGUCCGACGAUCAUCGACUGUUCGACGCCCAAUUCUUUGGAACCAAACCUGUGGAAGCAAACUCGAUUGAUCCCCAACAAAGGCUGUUGCUAGAGACCGUUUACGAGGGGCUUGAAACGUCGGGCAUUCCUAUGGAAAAGCUACAAGGGUCAAACACCGGUGUAUAUGUUGGUUUGAUGACCAAUGACUACGCCGAUAUGUUAGGUCGGGAUGUGCAGAACUUUCCCACUUAUUUCGCAUCGGGAACUGCUCGAAGCAUUCUAUCCAAUCGAGUCUCCUACUUUUUCGACUGGCGCGGGCCUUCCAUGACCAUCGACACGGCGUGUUCCUCGAGUCUGAUUGCCCUACACCAGGCUGUACAGAGCCUACGAAGUGGCGAGAUUGACGUUGCAGUGGCAGCAGGAACCAACCUUCUGCUGGGACCAGAGCAAUACAUUGCGGAGAGCAAGCUGAAGAUGCUUUCCCCGACGGGCCGCUCGCGCAUGUGGGAUAAAGGCGCAGAUGGGUACGCGCGUGGUGAUGGAAUUGCUGCCGUCAUACUCAAACCAUUGAGUGCAGCAUUGGCCAAUGGUGAUCACAUUGAAUGCAUCGUUCGGGAGACAGGCGCCAAUCAAGACGGUCGCACUAAAGGAAUUACGAUGCCCAACCCGGUAGCCCAAGCAGACCUUAUUCGGACUACGUACGCUCGAGCUGGACUCGAUCUUUCCAAGCCCACUGACCGACCUCAAUAUUUCGAAGCUCAUGGUACUGGAACUCCAGCAGGUGAUCCAGUCGAGGCGGAGGCCAUCAGCACUGCAUUCUUUGGACAAGCAGCCAAUUAUCAACGCGACAGCAACCAGGAGGACCCCUUGUACGUUGGGUCCAUUAAAACAGUGAUUGGGCACACCGAGGGAACGGCGGGAUUAGCAGCCGUCCUUAAAGCAUCACUUGCUUUACAACAUGCCGUCAUACCGCCAAACAUGUUGCUCAACGAGCUGAGCUCCACGGUUCUCCCCUUCUAUAACGACCUUGAAAUUCUUCAAGUUGCGAAAGAAUGGCCACAGCUUCCGCAUAACGCCCCUCGUCGUGCUAGUGUCAAUAGCUUUGGCUUUGGUGGUGCAAAUGCGCAUGCAAUUUUGGAAGCAUUCGAUGCGCGCCUACUUGAUCGUGGUCACAACGGCGCAGAUGGCAGCUCCGCAGCAGUGUCACCCUUCAAUUUCUCCGCCUCAUCCGAAAAGUCGCUUCUCGCCAAUGUUGCAGCUUACUCGGCAUAUUUGCGAAAUUAUCCGGAUACCAAUAUGCGUGAUUUGUCAUGGACAUUGAACUGUCGGCGUUCCACUCUCCCAGUACGGCUGUCCGUGUCUGCAUCAAGCUCAGGAGAGCUUGCUACAAGACUGGAUGAAGCAGUAGCGUCCUCAGCAAUAACACCAAGCACGCAAACGGGAAAUAUCCGCGAACCGAAACUCCUUGGGGUGUUCACAGGCCAAGGAGCACAGUGGGCAAGGAUGGGUGCUGAAUUGCUCGAAACCUCACCAAUGGUAAGUGAUUGCAUCGCUCAUCUCGAUCGGUCUUUGCAGGGACUACCCACUGAGCAUCGCCCGGUUUGGGCGCUGAGGGAUGAGCUUCUUAAAGACAAGUCCUGUUCUCGUAUUGGCGAGGCGGCGUUUUCGCAACCUCUUUGUACCGCGAUUCAGAUUGCACUGGUCCAGCUUCUCCGGGCAGCCAAUUUGAAACUUACUGCAGUCGUUGGGCAUUCUUCUGGGGAGAUUGCCGCAGCGUAUGCCGCGGGAUAUCUCAACGAACAGGAUGCUAUCCGCAUUGCCUAUUAUCGCGGAUGGUCUCUGCAAUAUGCAACCGACCAGGGAGAACGGAAAGGGGCAAUGAUGGCUGCAGGAACAUCGUUUGAAGAUGCAAAGGAGCUUUGCGAGAUGCCGUCACUCGAGAACAGAAUUUGCGUGGCGGCUAGCAACUCUUCCGCCAGCGUCACACUUUCCGGGGACGCCGAUGCCAUCGACGAGGCCAAGGAAAUCCUUGAAGACGAGAAGAAAUUUGCUCGCUUGUUGAGAGUUGACAAAGCUUAUCACUCACAUCACAUGCUUUCUUGCGCAGCUCCUUAUAUCGCAGCGAUCCGCAAAUGUGGUGUAACUAUCCAGCGUCCACCGAGCGGUAGUGCUACCUGGGUCUCCAGCGUACAUGGCGAGAAUAUUGAUGACGUGGAUGACAGCCUUGUCGACACUUACUGGAGCAACAACAUGGUCAAGCCCGUACUAUUCUCCCAGGCCGUCACUUAUGCAGUUGGUGCAGCUGGGCCAUUCGACAUGGCUUUGGAAAUUGGUCCUCACCCAGCAUUGAAAGGACCCGCAAUGGAAACAAUCCAAGAAGUGUCUGGCGAGACAAUGCCUUACACUGGGACUUUGAACCGUGGCCGAAAUGACAGCGAGGCUUUUUCAUCCGCUCUGGGUGCCCUAUGGAUUGCGUUGGGCGAGAGCGUCGUGGACUUCGCAGGGUUUGGAAUGAAAGCAAUGCAAAAGCAAAACACUCGAACCCCAAAGCUCCUCAAGGGCCUUCCAUCAUAUUCUUGGGACCAUGAUCGUGUUUAUUGGCACGAGUCUCGAUCAUCUACCGCAAUUCGCACUGAAAGUGAACCGUUUCACCCUCUACUGGGUGUCAAGUGCCCCGACGGGACAGACAAUGAAUUGCGCUGGCGGAACUAUCUGCACCCUAGGGAAGUUCCUUGGCUGGGUCAUCACCAGGUCCAAGGUCAAAUGUAUGGCCUGGGUUCUGUGCAACUGAUCGACUUCCAUGACGUGAUCAUCGGACAAGCGUUGGUGUUCGAAGAGGACGGAGGGGUGGAAACAAUAUUCAGACUUUCAAUCGAUCAAGUUCAACCCGAUCACGUCUCUGCGUCCUUUACCUGUCAUUCCGCCGCCAAUAAGGGGUCGUCCAACAUGUCUCUUCACGCAUCUGCCACCCUGCAAAUUGUUUUGGGUGACCCCAAACACGAUAUACUGCCACCAUACUCCCAGCCGCAAGGUUCAUUUUUGGAUCUGGAAGCCGACCGGUUCUACAACUCAGUUUCAGAGCUUGGGUUUGGCUACACCGGCCCCUUCCAGGCCCUUUCCAACUUGCGCAGAAAGAUGGACGAGGCAUCGGGUUUGAUCGCUGUCCCAGUACAACCCGACACGGAACGACCAUUGAUCAUUCACCCAGCCUCUCUUGAUGGAGCCAUUCAGUCCAUUAUGCUUGCCUAUUCCUUCCCAGGCGACGGCCGUCUACGGACCCUUUACCUUCCCACUCGAAUCGACAGGCUCCGCCUCAACCCAACCGCCUGCGUCGCUCUCGGUGCUCCUGGUGCACAUCUCCCCUUUUAUUCGGCGGUCACGGAUGGCCGCUUCGCCGAGCUCUCUGGUGAUGUUGAUAUUCUUUCUGUAGACGGGAGCCACACUUUGCUUCAACUGGAAGGACUUCAUACCACACCGUUGAGUCCAUUGACAUCAACAAAUGAUGUUCCCUUUUUCACAGAAGUGAUCUGGGAUGUUGAUAGGCCGGGACAAUUAAAGAAAGCUGAAGGCAUGCACGACCGUUCCAUGGCCAUGGAUCUCGAACGCGUCGCGCACUUUUACUUCAGAAAACUCCAAAAUUCACUUCAGCACUCCGAUCGUGCAAAUGCUUCAUGGAAUCAUACACACCUUCUCUCAUAUGUGGAACAUUGUACGAAGUCUGUUGCCACUGGGAAACAUAGAUUCGCAAGGCAGGAAUGGGCCAGUGACACCAUGGCCGACAUUGCUCCAAUUCUGGAUCGCCAUUCCGACAGUGUCGAUAUCAAAGCGCUGUGUGCAGUUGGCGAAAGCCUUGCUGCUGUCAUUGCCGGGGAUAUGAAUUUGCUUGAAAUCCUCGUGCACGACAAUAUAUUAGCGGAAUUCUACGCCAAAACACUUGGAAUAGACCCAUAUCUGGAUGCUGUUGCUCAAGCCGCUCGGCAGAUCAGCCACAGGUAUCCCCAUGUUAACGUUUUGGAGAUCGGAGCUGGCGCUGGUGCUACUUCAAAUAGGGUAAUUCGUUCAAUGGGCCCUUCCUUUGCAUCAUACACCUACACCGAUAUUUUGGAUUCGCAAUUUGAUGACGCACGCGAAAGAUUCUCGGAUUAUCAAUCCAGAAUGGCUUUCAAGGUGUUGGACAUCGAGAAGGAUCUCGGGGAACAAGGCUAUGAAGAGGGUUGUUUCGACCUUGUUAUUGCUCCUCUAGCCCUGUACGCCACUAGAAAGCUUGAAGCAACCCUCACAAAUGUACGUCGGUUGCUCAAGCCUGGUGGGUACCUGGUUAUGCUCGAACUCACCGACCCUGAUGUCAUGCGCUUCGGGCUCAUUCUUGGUGGCCUACCGGGCUGGUGGUUAGGCUACGAGGAAGGAAGAACAUUAUCACCAUGUGUAUCGGAGGAAAAAUGGGAAGGACUGAUGCAGAAGGCCGGAUUUUCUGGGUUCGACACCCUGGUAUCGUCUUCCAGAACAUCGCCUCUGCCAUUCUCUGUCAUGGUUACCCAAGCUGUCGAUCACCGUGUCAACUUCCUUCGUGAUCCCCUGGCGGCGGGUCACAUACCACUGGGUGUGGACUCGUUGACAAUCAUCGGAGGGAAAACAACCUUGACCGCGGAUAUGGUACCCGAUAUCAAAGCAGCUGUCCGUCCCCACUACAGCAAUAUCUACACAGCCAGUUCUUUAGAUGACCUCGUCUCAGCAAGCUUGCCCGUGAUGGGGUCAGUGAUUAGUUUGAUUGAAUUGGACGCACCAGUUCUCAAACAUAUGUCUCCUGAGAAUCUGAAGUCAUUCCAGGAGCUCUUCAAGCAAAGCAAGAAUGUUCUAUGGCUGGGACACGGUGCCCAAGGAGAAAACCCCUAUGGUAACAUGUUUUCAGGAGUCCAACGCACCUUGGCCAUGGAGAUGACCCACCUCCAUAUCCACUUCCUUAACCUCCAUUCGCUCCACGACGCUGAUGCGAAUAUCAUCGCAGCAAAGCUUCUCCAUUUAGAAGCUGCCGAAAUUUGGGAUCAGAGUGGACAGCUCGAUGGGAUAUUGUGGUCUAACGAGAGGGAGCUGCUCCUGGAGAGUGGACACUUCAAAGUUCCUCGAUUCCGCCUCAAUUCUAGUCGGAAUGAUCGAUACAAUUCGUCAAGGCGUCUCAUCAUUAAAGAGGUCGAACGCGUCGGGUCUGUGGUCACCAUUCAGCCAACUGAAAUUGGAUAUCAAAUUGAAGAAAAGGACCCUCGAUCGCCGCCCUCUUUCCCGGAUGAUGUGCAUAUAGAUGUGACUCACUCUAUGCUCCGUGCUGUGCGCAUUACCGCAUCUGACAAUUGUUUCUUGGUGAUUGGGAAGAAUAGGUGGAAUGAUGAGCGUAUGAUCGCCCUGUCGCACACUCUGGACUCUCAAAUUCAUGUGCCGCGUGGCCUGGCGGUGCGAUGUGGAGAUUCCGAAGACUUAGCAAUGCGAUCGAUGCUCACCCUCUAUUUCCAUUUCCUUACUCUCUCUAUGCUGCAACAGCUUCGAUCGGGAACGACAUUGGCUGUGUUGGACCCUGAUUUUUCGCUGUCACCCGUCCUUACGAAAUACGCUAGUGAAAAGGGUGUCCAACUUGUGCUUUUGACAACAAAGGAAGGGCAUUGCUCGUGGCCGUGGGUCAGAAUUCACCGGAACUCCACCCGGCGUGAAGUAUUAAGCAAGUUACCUGGCAAUAUUUCACGCCUUGUCAAUAUGAGUGGCAGCUUUGAUGUGACUGGCCUCCUGAAGACAUGCUUGCCGACAGACUGUCAUUUCGCAAGCGAGACUACUCUGACUGCGGGAUGCUCCCAAUCUCAGUACGCCUGGGAUAGAGGCCAAUUGGCUAUGCAACUGCAGAAUUCCUGGUCGAGAGCACAAUACGACCUGAUGCCAGUCAAUAUGCACAAGCUUGCUCCUCUAGGCCUUGAGGACCUGAUUCGCGCACAUUCGCCGCUUCCAGAGCAGUCUUUAAUUGCAUGGGGUCAAUCACAGCUUGCUGUCCAGGUUCGCCCUGCUACCAAACAAGUCAGAUUCUCAAAAGACAAAACCUACUGGCUAGUUGGACUGACAGGCGGGCUCGGUUUGUCGCUUUGUCAGUGGAUGAUCGGACAGGGAGCACGCUACAUCGCGCUAUCAAGUCGAAAUCCAAACAUUGAUAACCAAUGGCUGCAGAGAAUGGCUGCGAAUGGCUGCACUGUGCGGGUCUUUUCCAAUGACAUAACGAAUCGGGAAUCCGUUCAAGCAACCCAUCGCAAUAUCAGUGAAACCAUGCCGCCCAUCGCUGGUGUCGCACAAGGUGCCAUGGUUCUCCAGGACACAAUGUUCAUUGAUUUAGAUCUCCCUCGCCUCGAGAAGGUUCUCCGUCCUAAGGUUGACGGUAGUAUAUUACUGGACGAGUUGUUCCCAGAGGAUACGUUGGAUUUCAUGGUUUUCUUUUCAUCUAUGGCUGCGAUGACGGGAAACCCCGGUCAGGUUGCGUACAAUGCCGCGAAUAUGUUUAUGGCGAGUCUUGCAGCCCAACGCCGAAACCGUGGCUUGGCAGCACAUGCGAUUAACAUCGGCGCGAUUGUCGGUAACGGCUACGUGACGCGAGAGCUGAACAUGGGCCAACAAUCUUAUCUUUACCGAGUCGGCCAUUCAUGGAUGUCUGAGCAAGACUUCCAUGAGGUGUUUGCCGAGGGUGUACUGUCUUGCAUGGAGCGGGUAGGAAGCGCUGAGUUGUGCUGUGGACUCAGAAUUGACGAUGACGAGUCAAAGAGUUGGGCUUCUAACCCAAUGUUUCAACAUCUGGUCUACAAGUCUAGUAAUCUCGUGGUGACAGACAAGAAAGGGAAAUCUGGCGUGUUGAUAAAAACACGUUUGUUCGAGGCAAUUUCGCAUGAGGAAGUCAUCGAGAUCUUGCAAGAUGGCUUUUUGUUGAAGCUCCAGUCAGCACUUCAGGCUGAUCCCAACAAGCCCAUGUUGGACAUGAGUCCAGAUGAGCUUGGUGUUGAUUCAUUGGUCGCCGUUGACCUUCGAUCGUGGUUCCUCAAGGAGUUGGGGGUCGACAUGCCGGUACUGAAAAUCUUUAACGCGGCGUCCAUUCGUGAGCUCUUGGCCACUGCGGCUGAAGUUGUGCCAGAAUCUUUGAUUCCCAAUUUGGUUUCCGGCGAACAGACUGUAAAGCCACCUGGUCAUCUGCCCAAUCCUCCGGUGACUGCAACAGAUUAUCCCACAGACUUGCCCGUGGAUAUAAUAGUCCCAGAGACCAGAGCCAGUUCCGUGGAAUUGAAGUUUGCACUUCCGGACGCGACAAAUACGUACAGUGGCAGCUCGUCGACGUCUUUAAUCACCGGAGACUCGAAUUCCGACAAUAAUGACGAUACUUCAUCUUCCAUUUUUACUGACGACAGCGAAAUGGGAUUCCCAAAACGUGAAAUCCAGAGAACUGUGCCAAUGUCCUACGGACAGUCGCGCUUCUGGUUCCUAGAGCAUCUGGUCGAGGACAAGACAGCAUUCAACAUUACACCGACGUUUGAGUUGUCUGGUCACCUAAAGAUUGCGGAAUUUGUCAAUGCUGUGCAAGCCGCGGGACAACAUCACGAAGCCUUGCGUACUUUCUUCUUUACUGACAGUGAGCGGAAGCAUAUGCAAGGUGUCUGGACGACAUCUUCGCUGCACCUGGAGCACGUUGCAAUCUCGGACGAGACUGAAGUUGAAGAGGCCUCAAAGCAGAUGGAGGCACAUGUGUUCAAUCUCUCUGAUGGCGAGGUCAUGCGCGCUCGGCUGCUUUCGCUUAACCCCGAAAGGCACUGGAUAAUCUUCGGCUUCCAUCACAUCAACAUGGAUGGUAUUAGCUUCGAAGUAUUUUGGUCAGACGUGGAAAAGGCAUAUCAGGGCCAAAUCCUUUCCGAAGACGGACUUCAAUAUCCAGACUUUACUCUGCGGCAGCUUCGCGAAUACGAAGAGGGCGCCUGGGCAGGGGAUCUCGCCUACUGGCGGGCACAAUAUACAGAGAUUCCACCUGCAAUUCCCCUUCUUCCGUUUGCUCUACAACCCAUACGUCCCAAGGUUGCUCAGUUCAGGUCUCAUACUGCCCAGAUUCGUCUCGAUGUAAGGUUGACGGAUUCAAUUGACCGGUGUUGCCGGAUGUUCAAAUCAACCCCUUUCCACUUCCAUUUGGCAGUCUGGAAGUCUCUUCUUCUACGGUUCUUCGAUAUGAAGGAUGUCUGCAUCGGCCUCGGAGAUGGAAAUCCAUGGGGACUUUUCUUGAACCUCCUUCCUGUGAGGUUUUCUCAACAGCCAGGCCAGUCAUUUGGGGAAUCUCUCAAAGAGGUCCGGAACGUCACGCAGGGUGCAUUUUCCCACUCGCGUGUGCCGUUCGAUCUGAUCUUGACGGAACUCAAUGUUCCGCGGUCCGCAUCACACAAUCCCCUUUGCCAAACCCUCUUCAACUAUCGACCCAAGGUCGAACAAUCCCGGAGCUUCUGUGGUUGUGUCGCCAAUGGCGCACUCUUGGGUGGCGGCGAAACUUCUUUUGACCUCGGUCUAGAUGUUGGCAACGUAGGUGCCGGCGAGACGCUAAUUCACCUGUCUGUUCAGAAGAGCUUGUAUGGCAUGGAUCAUGCGGAAAUUCUUCUCAGUUCCUAUGUCAAUAUCCUCCGGUCUUUUCUUCAAAAUCCAGCCACGCGGGUGACCUGGCCAGAGUUACAUUCCAAAGAUGACCUUCAGAAGGCAGUGGCUGCGGGCCGAGGGCCCGAGCUCCGAAGCGAAUGGUCCGCGACUAUCGUCCACCGACUGGAUGAGGUUGCGUUGCGCUAUCCGGACCGUGUCGCAUUGAAGAACCCCCAUGGGAGCUCCUUGACUUAUAUUGAAGUCCAGCGUCGGAUCGAUGUUAUCGCCAACGAACUUCUACGCAACGGGGUUGGUGCAAGCACCCGUAUUGGGUAUUCCAGUCCCCAAGUUCAGACUGGAUAUGUGGGGAUGGACAGGCUCGCGAUGAUCAUGAAAGAAACGCAAGCACCGAUGGUAUUAGUUGAUACAAACUCCAUGUCCGACUACGCGCUUUUGCACACCACGGCGAAACCCAUCGACGUAUGUAGCCUAAACGGCUCUACUGCACGUGCCGUUCGAAAUAUGGCUGUCCCAAGCCAGACAGCAGUAAUCAUGUAUACCAGUGGAUCAACUGGUGUCCCAAAGGGAAUUAUGAUUGCCCAUUCAGCAUAUGUUCAUCACGUCCAGUCAUCCAGCGUGGUCUGGAAACUUAAGCAGGGAAGCGAGACCAUCCUGCAUCAAUCAUCCUAUGCGUGGGAUGCGUCUUUGUGGCAGAUCAUGGUCUCUCUAUGCUCUGGCGCGACCAUUGUGAUUGCAUCUGAUCUGACACGAGGCGAUCCCGUUGCUCUCACAAGACUCAUCGCAUCGGAGAAUGUGACAUGCACCCUUGCGACGCCCACGGAAUAUCUCGCUUGGCUGCGUCAUGGUCGCUCCCACCUGACUAACUCUCGCUUGUCAACCGCGGUAUGCGGUGGUGAAUUCAUGUCAAGUGGCCUGAUCAAGGAGUUCAGAAACUUUCAUCGACCAGACCUCAGACUGAUCAAUGCUUAUGGGCCGGCGGAGAUCAGCGUUGCAUGCUCGGGCAGCGAAGUUCCGUACAAUCUGGAUUCGACAUCGACAUCUCUUUAUACUCUACCAAACUACUCCGUUUACAUUGUAGACGCAAACUUGAACCCUGUUCCCAUCGGAGUUCCUGGUGAAGUGGUCGUUGGUGGCGCAGGACUUGCCCAGGGCUAUCUUGACGGCAGCAAAACAACUGAACGGUUUACAAAUGAUCGGUACGCGAGCAAAUUUUUCCAGGAGAAGAACUGGACUACAAUCCACCGCACUGGGGACCGCGGAAAGCUCAAUCGCGAUGGUGGGCUUAUUCUCCUCGGGCGCAUGGACGGGGAUAACCAAAUCAAACUGAGGGGAAUGCGCAUCAAUAUUGAAGAAAUCGAGACGGCAAUCGUUAAUUCUUCAGCUGGGGCUAUCACACAAGCUGUGGUAUCUGUUCGUUCAGAUGCGACUGAUCAAUUCCUUGUUGCCUUUGCUAUAAUGGCGAACGCCCACGAAAAUGCCCUUCAAUUUCUCGCCCGCCUUUCCCACGAACUGCCAUUGCCGGCUCAUAUGAAACCCGCUGCUAUCAUUCCAGUCGAAAGCAUUCCCCAAAACACGUCAGGCAAAACUGAUCGCCUCGCAGUCAGCUCACUUCCUAUCCCGUUGAUUUCUUCCCAGCUGCCGGACGACAGGACUCUCACGGCAUUUGAACAGUCCCUGCGCCACCUCUGGCAACAAGCACUGCCACAGGAACUUAGGAGCUUUCACUCCAUCGAUUCCCAAUCUGACUUUUUCCACGUUGGUGGAAGCUCCCUCGCCCUUGUCAACCUGCAGGCUCUGAUCAAGGAGAACUUUGGUGUGUCUACGGCAUUAUAUCAACUUUUUGAGGCCAGCAGUCUACGUGGAAUGGCGGCCAGGAUUCAAGAUAUAUCUGAUCCGGCACUUGAACGUGCGGUAAAUUGGGAUACAGAAGUUGAAGUCGCCUCCAACCUCGCUUCAUCCCCCAAUUAUCGUGGCACUCACAUUAUCGCCUCGGGGGUCAAGACAGUGGUCCUUACCGGGGCCACGGGUUUCCUUGGCAAAGAAAUACUUCGAGGACUCUUAGAAGAUGAAAAGGUCUCAUCCGUCCAUUGUCUUGCUGUCAGAAGACGGUCCUCGGGUUUACCUGAACUAUUUUCCCAUCCAAAAGUCCAUUUGCGUUAUGGUGAUCUCGGGGCUCCUCGACUAGGACUAUCUGAAUCUGAGACAAUAUCGAUAUUCUCCUGUGCAGACAUUGUGAUUCACAAUGGCGCAGACGUGUCGUUCAUGAAAACAUAUCAGACUCUCAAACUGAUCAAUGUGGCGUCUACGAAGGAACUCGUCAAACUUGCCCUGCCCCGGCGUAUUCCAUUCCAUUUCGUCUCGUCGGCCGGAGUUGCACGACUUGCUGCCCAAGAAAGCUUCGGGGAGGUGUCUGUAUCACCAUAUCCUCCUCCAUCUCGACCAACAGAUGGGUACAUCGCUGCAAAGUGGGUGAGCGAAGUCUAUCUCGAGCACGUCAACCGCCAAUUUGGUCUGCCCGUAUGGAUACACCGCCCAUCGAGCAUCACCGGUACCGAUGCGCCUGAACUUGAUCUCAUGGGUAAUGUCAUGCGGUUCACCAAAGAAAUUCAGAAAGUGCCAGAUUCGAGCUUAUGGUCGGGGGUUUUCGAUCUCAUUUCCGUCCAGUCUGCCGCAAGCCAAUUGCUCGAAGCCGUUCACCAAUCCGGUACCACCGAAGCUGGAGAGACUGUGACUUAUCUUUAUGAAUCCGGCGAGAUGAAGAUUGGACGUGAUGAGAUUAUGCCCUUGAUGGAAUCGGGCUCGGGCAAACAGUUUCAAAUCGUUUCGCUUGACGAGUGGGUGGAUGCUGCUGAACAAGCAGGAAUGAGUGUGUUGCUGGGAGAGUACUUGCGCAGGGCCUCCGAGGGGCAGGUGCUCCUUCCCAGGUUGAUUAAAAGUACUGGAUUUCCUGAGGAUGAAUGA